AUGGACACCUUUAAGUUUCUGGCAGCCGUUUCGGCCUUCUUGUUCGCGGGCUAUUGCAUCUAUUUCGACCACAAACGGCGCAGCGAUCCGGACUUCAAGAAGAAGCUCCACGAGCGCCGCCGCCGCCAGAAGAACAAUGUUCUGGCGCCACCUGGUGCGUCCGUACACCUGAGCGAAAAGGACAUAGAGAUGUACUUCAUGACGCAGAUUCAGAGGGGCGAGGGCCUCAUCACGAGCGGCGACAUCGAGGGCGGGGUAGACCACCUGAUCAAUGCGAUUCUCGUGUGCAGCCAGCCGGGCAAGCUGCUCCAGGUCCUGCAGUCGACUCUUCCUGUGGAAAUCUUCACGAUGAUGCUCAUCAAGAUGCACGCCUACGAGUCGGCCGAACGCAAUGCCGCCGUCGUUGUGGACGAAGAAGGGAUCAACGCUCUCGAAUAAGUCGCGGAGUGAAAAAAUUCAUAGUCAUAUUUCGGUUCGUUGUUUAAUAAAUGCCAUGUGCGUCACUCGUAAAUGCAAA